AUGAGCCCUUUGGAGCUGGACGAGUUGCGCAAACAACUAAAAGAAUUGUUAGACUUACGUCUAAUUCGCCCUAGCACAUCACCUUGGGGGGCACCUGUUCUUUUUGUGCGCAAGAAGUCCGGUGAAUUACGCAUGUGUAUCGAUUAUCUCGCCAUCAACCAAGUUACUCGACGUCAUGGUCAUCCUUUGCCUCGAAUCGAUGAAUGCUUGGAACGUCUCAGUGGUGCCCAAUACUUCACAAGUCUCGAUUUGAAAAGUGGAUAUCAUCAACUGCGUAUUCGUGAUCAAGAUGUUCCCAAGACAGCGUUCAACACUCGUUAUGGCUCUUAUGAAUGGCUGGUGGUUCCUUUUGGUCUUCGCAAUUCGCCUGCUCUAUUCCAGUCCACUAUGAAUAGAGUGCUCAAUGACUUCCUUGAUGACUUUGUGAUGGUAUACCUGGAUGAUAUCUUGAUCUACAGCAAGACCAAGGCCGAUCACGAGGUGCAUGUUCGCAAGGUGUUGCAACGUCUGAGGGAUGAGGAGUUGAUUGCCAAUCUUCGCAAGUGUGAAUUCUACAAGACCGAGUUGGAGUUUCUUGGCUUUCAAGUAUCUGGAGCGGGAACCUUACCUUCACCAAGCAAGGUCAAGGCGAUUCAAGAAUGGCCUGUGCCCACCAAUGUGCAAGAAGUGAGACAAUUCGUUGGUCUUGGAUCUCAUUAUCGUCGUUUCAUUCAAGACUUUGCUGCAUUGGCGUCUCCAUUAACGGACUUGACGAAAGGAACGGUAACCAAGAAAAGAGCAAUUGUUUGGUCUGAAGAGUGCCAACGCGCUUUUGACGAGAUCAAAGCCCGCAUUUCUCAAGCCCCUAUUUUGUCACCACCAAAUCCGCACAAGCCAUACAUCAUCGAGACGGAUGCUUGUGAUUAUGGUGUGGGAGCAGUGCUAUUACAAGAGGGACCCGAUGGCGUAAAGCAUCCGAUUGCGUUCGAAUCCAAGAAGUUGUCCGAUGAAGAACGAUCUUAUCCAGCACAAGAAAGGGAGAUGCUUGCUAUCCUUCAUGCAUUGAGAGCUUGGCGGUGUUUCAUUGAAGGACGUCCUUAUACGGUUUUCUCUGACCAUAAUCCACUCAAGUAUUUCCGCACACAAGUUAAGCCUACACCUCGUCUUACACGUUGGAUGGCGGAAAUUGAGUUGUAUGAUCCCACCAUUUUGUACAAGCCUGGCAAGGAAAACUGUGUUCCGGAUUUACUUUCAAGACGUGAUGGGCCCGAAUGUGUCACCAAUGAAUCAAGCAUGGAGCCGCAAUAUCUUUAUGCUGUCAAGUCUGUACAAGAAUCGGAUUGGCCCCAAUUUUAUGCUAUGCCGGAGGACAAAUGGCCCACAACAUACAAGGAUCUUCUCAUCAAGCACAAGGACAAAUUCGUGGUGCGUGACAACCAGGUGUUCAGGAUGGUGCGUGUUGGUGACAAGGAAGAAGAACGACGUUACGUUUUGUUUGCUCGGCGUGCCGAUCUUGUACGUGAUUUUCACUACUCGGUUGGUCAUGCUGGUAAAACAACCGUUGUUGAUCUUAUGGUGAAGCGUUGGUGGUGGCCUAACAUGCGAACGGAUAUUCAAGAAUGGUUAGCUUCAUGUGCCGAAUGCCAAUUAGCUGCAAAUGCUGACCGCAAGACCCAUCAUGCACCUAUGGCUCCUUUGGAUGUUCCUCCUCCUUUCUCACGUUGGCAUUUGGAUUUUGUUGGCGAAUUACCUACAGCCAAGAACGGCAAUCGUUGGCUUCUUGUUGCAGUUGAUUAUGCUACAAAUUGGUGUUGUGCACGUGCUGUUCCUGUUGCAUCUGGUGAAGCGAUCGCUAAUUUCAUUUACGAAGACUUGGUGUUACCCUUUGGCUGCAUGAAUGAAAUUUUGACCGAUCGUGGAUCCAACUUCAUGUCCAAGGUGUUGGCUGACUAUUUGGGUCGACUCAAAGUCAAGCACAAGCUCACUUCAGCCUUCCAUCCUCGCAUCAAUGCCAAGGCAGAACGAACCAAUGGUAUCUUGAAGCAAAUGAUCCGCAAGUAUGUCCAUGGGGAAAUCCAUCGUUGGGAUGAAUUUGUACAGCCUGCUCUUUUUUCUUGUCGUAUACGCAAACACCGUACCACUGGUUUCAGUCCCUUUUUCCUUGUCUAUGGUCAAGAUCCUCAACUACCUGGUGAUCACUUACGCCCAUUUGUUCUCUCACCUUUGGAUGACUCCGAUGCCACACUGGACCAAGCUGCCCAAGGACGUGUGCCUGCUGUUCGUGAACUUCGUAAAGUGCGUGCCAUUGCCGAAAAACGAUUGAAGGAUAACGCCGCUCUUGACAAGGCCAGGUGGGACUCUAUUAUGAAACCUCAAGUUUUCGCCAUUGGUGAUCAUGUACUCAUGCGACAUGAGAACAAGUUCAGCUUGGAGUAUAAUUGGAAGGGACCAUAUCGUAUCAUAGCUCGUCACCUGGAUACCCACAUUUAUCAACUUCAAGAUAUGAACGGCAACACUUACGCUUCUUGGGUUCACACGGAUCGUCUUCAACCUAUCCACAUCAAGUCUACUAUCAACAACCCCCCUUGGUAUGACCCCACCGCUUCACGUGCUCAAGCCCGUCAACAGGUUUCACUCAAUGCACAAUCCUCGUGA